GGGACUUCAGGUUGUGUUGACCACUACUUGUCUAAGAGACAACUAUCCAAACACCCAGGACCAUUUUCUUUCUUUCCAAGUACAGUGUUAAAUUAUUGUUUGGAUAAACACGCCUCCGUGUCUUCCGGUGGUCUUCUGGCUCUGGCAACUUUCUUCAGGUCAGACCUCUUGGAGUAACUGAAAGAGCAUUUUUUUUCCACGAGGCUAAUUUGGAGGCCAUCUUAAUAGCUGCGUAAGCUAGAGGAAACACAGCUCUCUGAGUCCAGGGCUUUUUACUGUCAUUCAUCAGCUGUUUACAUUUUUUGUUGUACCAACACUUCUCAAAAUGAAGGACCGACUGGCACAGCUCAAGGAGAAGAGUGAGCCGGCGGGCGAUGAUGUUGAGGUUCCCGUUGAGAACCAGGCUUUUAUGGAUGAUUUCUUUGCACAGAUUGAAGAUAUCCGUUCCAGCAUUGACAAGAUUGAUGAGAGCGUCACAGAAAUCAAAAAACUCUACUCCACAAUCUUAUCGGCCCCCACGUCUGAUCAGAAAACACAGGAUGAUGUUGAAGCCCUCACCAACGAGAUCAAAAAGUCGGCCAACAAUGCAAGAAACAAACUUAAGAGUAUCGAACGGCAGCUUGAGUCAAACACCGAUGAGAGGGCCUCAGCUGACCUCAGGAUACGCAAGUCACAGCACGCAAUCCUGGCCAAGAAGUUUGUAGAGGUGAUGACAAAGUACAAUGAGGCUCAGGUUGACUUCAGAGAUAAGAGCAAAGGACGAAUCGCAAGACAGCUGGAGAUCACGGGGAAAGCAACAACUGACGAUGAACUAGAAGAGAUGCUGGAAGGAGGCAACGCUGCUGUCUUCACUGCUGGGAUUAUGGACUCUAAGAUCAACCAGCAGGCCCUGAAUGAGAUCGAGGCUCGCCACAAAGACAUCAUGAGGCUGGAAAGCAGCAUUAAAGAACUCCACGACAUGUUUGUUGAUAUCGCUAUGCUGGUGGAGAACCAGGGUGGCAUGAUUGACAGAAUUGAGAGCAACAUGGACCAGUCUGUGGGCUUCGUGGAGAGGGCAGUGGCCGACACCAAGAAGGCAGCCAAAUUCCAGCAGGAGGCACGCAGGAAACAAAUGAUGAUCUUCUGCUGCUUAGCGAUUUUGGCCCUCAUCCUUGGCUCAUACGUCUACAGCUUCUUCAAAUAGAAAACCUUGACGUGGGUGCCGUCUGGCUGAGUCCACGCUGUAUGGGAUCAGGGGGAGCAGAACUGCCCUCAUAUGGUCCAGGGCUCACUUUACUGUGAUUUCAAAAUAAUAGAAAUAAAGGCUGCGCAUCUUUGCAUUCGUUACCAGUUUUCAUUAUGGAACACUUUGUGGCAACCUUCUUAACCUUUUCAUGGUUUUCCAGAUUUAAAUUCAGCUGAGUUUUUUGAAUCACUGCAGUUACAAUCAAAUGGAACUGACCUUUCUACAACGUAUCCACCCUGUUGUAAUAUUUGUACGUUAUUAGGUGUUAAUGUUUCUCUUACCAGUGGGUACCAUAUAGAUGAUUCCAAUAAUCAAAGAGUAUUUCAAUGACACUGAGUAGUUACUCAGGGUUGGCUUUCACUAUCACAAUGAAACCAUGAAUGAGAUGCUAAAUAGGCUGACAUAUCCACAAAACAACUGAAAUGAUUUAUGAACACAUGAGGAAUUAAUAGUUGUGGGUGUUAACAUUUGAAUGAAGUGAAACAAAAGUCUGAACAGAUGUUCUCGUAGCACCCCCGCAUCCUGAUGCACAUCAAAGUCUGUAUCGUAAGUAUUGAAACAGCUGUUGUUGUUGUUGUUCUCUUUCCUGUUUUUGUAUAUUUGUAUGCGUGCUAUUAUGUGCAACCAUACUUCUGUGCCAAUACUUAUGCUAUCGACUGCAUCUAAUUACACAAUUCAUAUCAUGAUGUGGAUAUGCACCCCCUUUAUGUCCCUAGUGGGCCUUUAUUCAAAUGAUUUCUUAAUUUAAUGGUGAAUGGAAGUGUUUAAAAAUACGCACAUAGUUUGGAUGUUGAACUAAUUAAAAGUGGAUUGAUUCUAGAUGAUGUGUAUCCAAUAAUAGAAGUUCAUUUUGAAUGUGGUAGACUAGACCUGAAAAAAAAAAAAAAACAAAAAACACAGCCCUGUUUCAUGUGAUUACACAGACACUGCCUUGAGGGUGUUUCUGCUUCGGUGUGUAUGUGUAUGCAUCCUUCCCUCCUAUUUCUUAAAGGACUACAGCUGAGUUUACAAAAAUGUCAUUCUUGUUUCAUGUCAUGGUUGGACGUCGGUUAGUUGUUGACAUUGACAUGCAGUGGGCAGGUGUACUUUCAGAUUUUAUCUUUUUACAUUUUAACCUGGAACAUCAUGCAUCAGCGAGAAAAAUAUCAAGUGGAGUUUUCUUAUUUGGGGGAGCACCUCACGCCGCAAUAGAGUAUACCUUUGGAGUUUCAUCUGGCUUCCAAAGUUUAAACCACCUUGAUAUAAUGUAUGAUAUUUAGUGUGGAUUGGCUACUUGAAAUCUUAAACUUUCUGAUUUUACAAUAGUUCAAAAGAUAAGAAUAAUUCUGGGUUUGGAGUGUGGGGUAAAAGGGAGGAGGGUAGGAAAUAAGACAAGACUAAUGGUUAACCAUGGUUCAGUCAUCACUGGCCAUUCAGCUCUUUUGUUAUUAUUAGUUGGUGUGACACUUAACUUAAAGUUGUGUGAUUUCUGUGUGGCUUUUCCUGCUUAUCUUAAUAAACGCCUGUGAUUAUUUA